CGUUUCUCUUCGCAAAGAGUGCGCAAUUUCAAAAAAGCUGAGAAAACGGUUGUGCCGUGGCCAUCGCGCUCUUUAAUUUUGUUUCAGCGUGAAUUUAAGUGAACUUUUCGUUUUUAUUUUCGUGAAAUUUGUGUGCUGGACACUUGGUUGCAAAGUUUUCGUUGUUGAUUGGGUGAGAGUUUCGCGUGUUGGGUUAAAGCUUGCUUACGUUUGGCAGUCCAUGUGAUUCGUCGGAACAAAGACCGUUGAAAAAGAAUCAGUCCCAAACAAUGGACUCGCGAGCGUCCGACGUUCUGAAGAAGCAGCGCUAUUUGGCCGCUCAAACGCUGCAGAAAGCCAACGAAAUGUUUGACCGCAGUCCGUUGCGGAAUAGUAGCAGCAGCAGCAGCCGGAAGUAUUCCGCUCACACUCCGCCAACGCAGGACCAGCUUCGGUACGACGAUGAAUCGAUGCUGUCGGUGCAACCGCGUCAGUACCGGUCGAUCAACAUCACCGAGCUGGAGGAGGAACACACGAUCCACAUGCAGGCCACUCCGCAGAAGGUUUCGUUCGAACCGACGGAGAUGACGGCGCGCUCAACGGGCGAGAUGGACGCGCUCCGUCGGAGACUUACGGUGGAUGCGUUGGCGCCGGACAUUCAGCAGUUGCUGCACGCGAGCAUUUCCGACGAGGUGCGGGAGUUUGCCGGUGGUAAACCGUCGAUUGAUUCCGCGGUGCACUUGCUUCAGCACGAUGACCGGCCGGAUUUGAGUCUGCCCCGGACGGCCGACAUGAGCCGGCUGUCGUCGAUGCGGGAUUCACUUAGUUCUAAUCCGCGGCAACCCAAGACGCAGGACUUUUGGGACGUUUCCGCUGCGCCCGCGUUUGGUGAAAGCUGGAUGAAGAAGGAACUGUCCCAGCUGGAGGACAUAAGCUUUCGGCCGGCCGACGAGCAGCAGUCCCGACUGAUGGAAGACGAAAUGGCCUGGGAGCAGGAGCAGGCGAUUAUUCCGGAGAUGAAUGCGGCCAAGGGUCAUCCAGCUCCGAAGGGAGCGUCCCAAAAGCUGCCGAAAAAUCUUAAGAACCACGUCGAUUUCUCCUGCUUUUCGGGCUUUUUGGGGCAGGAGGCGACCCGUAUCGAGGACAGCAGCUACUGCUCGGUGGGGGAGUACUUUAACAAAAUGUCCGACGACCUGAAGGGGAUGAUUCCGGACGAUGCGAGUCCGCCCCGGCGAACUCCGCUGCCGCUGGUGGACAUGAGCAAUCUGGGCACGCCAAACGAGACGACGACGGCACGUGGCGGUGCAAGCCCGGGAAAGCGCCAGCAUGGUGGACAGAAGGUGACGUCGGACAAGGAGAACAGUACGCUGAACAUGUCGAGCAUCAUGAAUGUUAUCAACUCGAUGGGCUCGGACGAAUCUCCCUCCGCAUUCUACGAGAAAAUCCGACAACUGCGUGCCGCCAAGGCUCCUCCCGCCACCACAGACCCAGCUCCCGCAAGAUCAGCACGCGCCAGCGUUCCCGCCCCGGAGAAACGCCCGUCGGCCAAACCCAUCCAAAAGACAACUUCGCUCAAAACCGACCUCAGCUCAGUCACCAAAACCCCCUCCUUUGUGCGAGACCUGAGCGAGGCCCAGUCGAAGCUUUCCGACACCGCAAGUUUCACCGAAUCGCUUCUCGAAUCGUCGGCGUUCGUGCCAAUCCGAGUCGCCGGUCGAAUCGCAACGUCAAGCCCGAUGACGGCACCACCUUCAGCGGCGAAAUCCCUCCAAAGUGAGGCCGAAGGAACGUACCGCAUUUCCACCGCCAAGAAGCCCCUCCUCGAAACGUACCGCGUCUCAACAGCCACCAAAAUGUCCGAGCACCAGCUCGAUCUGCCGCCGAUUCCGAUGAUCCCGCGCGGUGACCCCCCCAAGUGUCAAAAGCAGAUGACCUUCCUGGACGUGCCUGGCGCCAAACCGAACCGCAAGCGGCGCUCGAGCUCGGCCACGCGCCAGGAACUGCUCGAGGCGCAGGAAAAGCACGCCGAAGUGGUGAACGAGGUGGCGGCCGCCGCUCAGAAGCGAUCCCGUUCGCCGGCCAACGGCGCCGAGCUGCGGGUCGUGGCUGGUGGGCCGACGGUGGGCUACCACGAGACGCCCAAGAGUUCGAUGGCGUUCGGGGGGAGGCCACAGGCGGCGGCACAGCAGGUGAACAAGUCGUACCUGUCGCCGGAACCGCGCUCGAGGGAAUUCAAGGUUCGAUCGCCGUACUCGUCGCCGAAGGGGGAGCAGGACCGGAACGAGCAGAGGUACACCUUUGGCUCGCCCAAAUCGGUGGCGUCCAGCGUGGACUCGGGCAUCCCGGAGUUUCCCAAAUCACCGGUGUCGGACGCGGGCCGGUCAAAUCUGCUCGCUUCGGCGGGUCGUUCCGCUUCGCAGUGUUCCGUCGCCGGCAGUGAGUACAGCCACAAGGACGGGGUGCUGCCGUUGAAGGCCACCCACACGGAGAUAUCGUGGGGCAGUACGAAGCUGCGGCAGAACGCGCGGAAGAUCAUGCAGAUUAAGAAUACAUCUGGGAAGCGGUUGGUGAUUCGGGCGUGUAUUUCGGGGCCCGGGUUCCAGUUGGGGGGGAUCGAGCAGAGUGAAAUGUUGACGCUGCAGAGCCAGGAAUGUCGUACGAUUGUGGUGAACUUUUGUCCGACGGUGAUUGGACCGGCGAUUGGGUGUGUUUGUUUUCAGCCGCCGCACGAUUGUCACUCCCAGCGAGUGGUUACGUUGUACGGGUACGGCGGGGAGGCGUCGAUCAAGGUUGAGGGAAUUCAGAAGGGACCGAGCGGACCGUUUUUGGAGCUUGGCCAGGCGCGCAACUUGGGACGUCCGUUGGAAAAGUCGUUUUCGUUGUACAACAAGGGAAGUUUGGCUGCGUUCGCCCGGAUUGGGAUCGACAAGAAGGGCUUGGAUCAGGCAUUUUUGGCUACGGCCGUUUUCGUGCAGCCCCAGAAGGUCAUCAUCCCGGCGAACAGCUACGCUCACAUCCGAGUCACGUUCAAGCCUCGUCGCCAGGACGUGGAGAAGAUUCUGCAGAAGCAGGUCGAUGUCCUCUCGAUUACCAACCUGCACAUCAUGUGGGGUGACGAACCGACUCGGCAUCGCACCCGCAAGAUCAUCACCACAAUCAAACAGAACGAACUGCAAGACCGGAACAAGAUAACCCCGUACGGCUCGGUCUGCGACACCUUUCCGGGCGAGCGCGAACUCGACGAGUUGGACAAUUUCGCCGAACACAUGUUCGAGACCAUGCACGAGCUGUUCCUGACGUUCCGCGAGUACGAACUGGUCCUGACCGUGGAUCGGGCCCUCGACGACAGCAUGGUGCACGAUCUGUCGCUCUCAGAAGACAGCAGCGCCCUGUUCAAAACCAUGUACGCCACCAGCUCGGAAGCCGGCUCGCCUCGUCUCCCGGAUGAAAUCUCGCCGGGGAUUCCAGCGACCUGGUCCGCCAAGCGAGACAGCGGCGAAUCGUGGAGUGUCCGCCCAACCCGGCUGGACUACCGGACCAACGAGCGCACCAAACAGUUUGUGAUCAAGAGCAACUUUUACACCACGCAGUUCUUCGAGCUCAACUCCAACUACCGGCCGUUCUUCAAGUUUUCCCCGAUGGAGGGCCAGAUCCGGCCCGGCCAGGAGGUGGUCGUGAACGUGAGCUUCCAAAUGGGACCGCCGCAGGCACAACAGCAGCACGAGCAGCCCAUCGUCAUUGUGGUUUACAUCGAGAACGAGAAAAUCACCAUUCCAGUGAACAUCAUCACCAGAAGCCGACCCGGUGUCGGACCGUACUGAGAGCUGGUACCCUUAAUUUUAAUGUUUUGUGAUUUGUUUUAUUUAUUAAAUUGUAUGCAUUUUUGCCCCUAUUUUAUGACUGCUUAUUAUAAGAAUCCUUUUUCUUCUCAAUUACAAUUAACAAAUGCAGCUAAAAAAAAA